GAGUGCUUCCGGUUGGGCCUGGUCUCAGCGUUGCGGCCAUGGCGGAGCUGACGGACGCGGAGCUGCGGAAGGAGCUGCUGGCGCUGGGCUACCGGCCCGGGCCCAUCACCGACACCACCCGCAAGGUCUACGUCAAGAAGCUGAGCUGCCUCAGGGCCGAGCAGGCGGCGGCCAAGCGCGGGGGGCGCGGUGCUCCGCCCAGCCCGGGCCGCAGCUCCGUUAGGCCGCAACAGGCCUCACCAUCACGGCCGCGCCCCGGGUUCAGCCCCGUCAGAACCGGCAGAGACAGAGAACAGGAGGAGGAGGAGAUGGAGGAGAUGGAGGAGGACGGGAUGGACGAGGACGAGGAGGAGGAGAGAGGGAGAGCGGCAGCGUCCCGAUGGGAGACCGCGGAGGGAGGCGGGGUGUCGUGGGGGGACACACGAGGGUCUCCCCCCGGGCGAACUGGGGGGUUCGGCGGUAGGAACGAGGGGGGGGUGACCCGGGAUGGGCUGCGGGGGGUGAGCGGCACGUGGAGCUCAGCGCUGGACAGCAGCGGGAUCAGGGCUGGGACGGGCCCGGCGCUGGAUGAUGGAUUUAGGGCCUCCAGCUCAUUGCAAUGGAGCACAGCCACAGAGCGGAGCGAGGGGCUCAGCGGGAUCAGGACAACCCUGGAUGGGUUUGGGGGGCCCAGCACGUCCCAGUGGAGCACGUCCAUAGGGAGAAGUGAAGGGCUCAGCGCUAGGGCUGGGUUAGGGACGGCCAUGGAUGGGGUGGGGGGGCUGAGCUCCGUGCCCUCCUGGGGUACGUCUGCAGGAAGAAGUGCAAGGCCCAGCUCCACAGCCUUUUCCAGUGAUGAAAGCAGGGGCCUGACAGCUGGGAGCCAUUGGGACACAUCUGUAGGGCGAACUGCAGGGCAGAGCUCCACAGCACAGUGGGAAACAGCAGGGGAAAGGAAGGCGGAAAGGAAAGGGCUUUUCUCCAACAGCUGGUGGGGACAGGGCAGCAAGGUGGAACCCAGCACCCAUUGGGGAACCACAGCAGGACGGAGCGGGUUGAGUUACCCAUUUAGGAGGGGAGAGGAGAACCUGGCGUCCAGUGUUAGAAGAGAGGCAGACAGAGAGCCAAAACUCAGCAGCUGGGGAGAGGGAUUGACCCGACGGCUGCCAUGGAGGACUGCGAGUGACACAGGGCUGCUCUCGGGCAGCCGGUGGGGUACAUCAACUCCAACGGUGACACCCCGCACUCAGCUCCUGCGCUCAGCCCCCAGGCAGCAGGUGGAAGGAAGGCGCCAAGGCCUCGAGUACUACCUCUCCCAGUUCCUCUUCCUCGCCAGCUUGGUGCUGCUGAUGAUUUUUCUGGGCAUCCUCAUGGUGAAGAUGGUUGGGUCCGGCUGGCUUGACCAGACAGAGGAGGACUUUCAUCUCCUGCCCAUGGAUUGUGACAAAAGAACAGAUGAUUUCUGCAAAGCCAAACAGAAGGACAUUGUGAUGAACAUGCUGCAUGAGUUGUAUAACUACUUGUCCGUACAGGCUGGUAAUUUUGAAUGUGGAAACCCUGAGAAUCUAAAGAGCAAAUGCAUUUGGGUUAGUGAAGCAAGGGACCACGUGGUGAAUGUAACUGGUGGCUCCCAACAGAAGUUUGAAGCUGCCCUGAACUGGAUACUGAACAGUAACAAAGAUUUAGGAAUAUGGUUGAAAGGCAAAGAUCUCUCCGAACCAGUUACCAGAGUGGAAGACGUGGUCUGUCUCGAAUCAGCCCAUCCUCAGAUGGGGCUCGGCUGCCGUUUCCGCCGGGCAGUGAUCACUGCUGUCAUGAACCUGUUCCUGUUUUUCUGGUGUCUGGUAACUUUGUGGGGGAUCCUCAUCUUCCUUCGGUAUCGCUGGCGGAAGAUGGAGGAAGAGGAACAAGCCAUGUACGAUAUGGUGAAGAAGAUCAUAGCUGUUGUCCAGGACCACUAUAAGGAAUGGGAACGGAACAUGGAGCGUUAUCCCUAUGUGGGCAUUCUCCACGUUCGGGACAGUCUCAUCCCUCCUCAGAGCAGGAAGAAAAUGAAGCGGGUCUGGAACAGAGCUGUGGAGUUUCUGGCCUCAAACGAGUCACGGAUUCAGACAGAGUCACACAGAGUAGCAGGAGAGGAUAUGCUCGUAUGGAGAUGGACUCAGCCAUCUUAUGUCUCAGAUUCGGAACACUAAAGAGGAGCAGAAGUAGAGCAACUGUUGAAAAGGACCUCUGCAAGGGAACGGUCCCUUCUGUGGUGGUGGGAAAGAGCAGGUCACGGUCCUGACCUCUUGGGGUUGGGGAUUGCACGUAUCUGUUUGCUCUUCUUUCUGAAAAUCUUCACGUCCAAACAAAAAAGAAAUUAUCAGGGCAAUAAUGUUGGCUUAGAAAGAAGAUGGGCUUGAGCUGGUGGGAAGCCAGAAUCACACCAAAGUUAACCUGCCAGCAGAUAUCUGGCUUCUGUAAGCAAGCAGGCCUAAAGCAACUUGUUUAAAAACAAAUGUGUACUUAAGGAUUGAAGGACCUGAGACCUCUGACAACGGUCCUUAAAAUUUGACCACAAUUCCACAAAAGCCAACUGGAGGCAACAUCUGCCAUGGAGCGUGUUUAAAGGAGAUCAGCAUCUCCCAUGGAAAUAGUGGGGUGGCAGUUCAGGUGCGUUUUGUUAGCGUUUGUUUUUUAGCAGUACAAGGAUAGCGAUGAGAGCACCUGCUGCUUCCCAACAGGGAGGAUGUUUGUGUCUGCUGCACCCUAUGGGAAUGAGGGAAGAAAUAAUAGGAGAGGAAUGAAAUCAGGCGAAGGUCAUCGUAGAGGGAGGGCAGUGUGACGUGCCUUUGUGCUUUGGGCUGGGUUGGGGGUGUGGAGGGAAACGUUUGUGAUCCUGUUCCACUUUUUAAGUCUGCAAACUCUGUGCUUUAUGUUUUCUUGGGGGGCUGGGGAGGGAAUUGGGUGGGAAGUGAAGGAUGUAGGAAGCUUCAGAAAGCACUUGUGGCUGCAGCCAUAGGAUUGCUUUGUGGGCUAUUAAAUAGCAGCUUUGGAAUGUCUAUUGGGGUUGAAUGUAUUUGUUUAUCCUGGGCAGCUGCAAUGUGCUGUGGGUCAGAGCAGGGCUGUACGAUGCAUGGCGUGUCAGGGGGUGCCAAAUCCACGUUCCUGCAGCCUCACAACAGGUAGAAGCAGCAGCGACCCGUCCUCUGUUGGUGCUGCAGGCAUUGCUUUUUGUAUCUACAGUCAUCUAGUUAGUUGAGAUUGUUUUUAUGUCCUGCACAGGACUGUUGUUGUUCUUGGGGGUGUUGUUUUGGUUUGGUUUCUUCAAUGAAAAUAUCUCCUGAGUGUGGCAGCUUAAACUGGGUGAAAAUGCUGUUAAUCUGUUCUUCCCAGUGCCAUCAAACCGCUGCCCAGGACACCAAUGGGACAGCGGGGACCAAACUCAUGUCUGGCCUGAGCAACCAGACCUGCAGGGAGAGCAGCACAGCACAGGGAGGCCUUGUAGGUCCCACGAGGUGUUGUGCAGGUGAGGUGUUGUGCAGGGAGGCAGCUGCUACCCCUUGUUUUGCUUUUGGUCGCACAUUUAAGGUGUUUGGACAGGAGAGGAGACUCGGGAGCCGCCUUGGAGUCAUUCACCACUAAGCAGGGAAUCGGUUGAAGGCAGCUUUGAUUCUUCUCAAACAUUGUGAUGAGGUCUCCAUGUUGUUACAGAAGCUCUGACAAACACCAGUGCCUAUGGAAUUAAGCCUUUAUUUUUAACCGUUUGCAGGUUUUGAGUUACUAUAUUUUUUUUUAGCCAUCCAAAUACAGAGUGAGGAGUUGAGCAUUGCAGUCAUGUUUUUGUAUUAAACUCGUUUUGUAGAACAAAUCUCACUGGCUUGGUGCUGUUUAUUACCCGUUCAGUUUAGUUCUGUAAACCAAUAUAUAAAAUAAAUUUAUUACGAAUGAUUUGU